AGCCUGUUUUCAGUUUGACUGCGCACGCAGCUGCCCUCACUUCCUCUCGCCGCCUGCAAGCCAUGUCUGCUGAGGCGCCGCCGCGAUGGCACCCCGCAAGCCUCCUGCUGCAAGCCUGCUUCGUCCUUCUGUCCGGCGCGCUGGUGGAGGGGGAUCUGAUGGCAGUGAACCUCACGGCGGCGGUGGGGGGGCCGGCCACCCUGAGCUGCCCGCUGGCCCGAGAGGAGACUAAGAUACUGCAGGCCGAAUGGAACAGGUGCAACGCAGAAAAGAUCCUAACUUUCCAUCAGGAGUUUGGAGUGCACACGUGGGAGGCAUACAAAGGCCGCAUCUCAGCCGCCGACAACACCAGCUUCACGCUGGGAGAGGUGACAAGGAACGACUCGGGAGAGUACUGCUGUAUCCUCACCACGUUCCCGGAUGGAAAACUGGAGGGCAGGACCAUUCUCCAGCUCGGAGACCGGCUCAGAGCUACAGAUGCGCCAUCUCCUGCCCUUCUGAAGACGCCCUAUAUUGCGGUGCCUGUGCUCGGCGGACUGGUGCUCUUCGGUGUCAUCGCCUUGGUCAUUUACUUCCAGCGGCAGAACCGCCCCAUUAGAAACCCAGUUCACGUGGCCGUCCACACGGGAAGCUCCCCAAUCGUCCAGCAGUCCUUCAUCGGGAAGGGUCCCCAGACCGCCCCCAGCCUGCCGUCCAAGGCCAGCGACGAGCCAGAGGAGGAGGAGGACACCUCGGAGGACUACUUCAACGUGCUGACCGCCCGGCCGGCCAGCGGCGGCCACCCCUGAGCCAGCGGCCUCAGACAGGCUCCCCCCUUCCCCCCCCCAUGGCUGUCAGACAGCAGCACCCCCUGGUGACCUGUUCACCGGCCAAGCGGCCCGCAGUGGAGAUGGCUGAGGUUUAAAGACUUACUGUAAUACAGGUUGAACGUUGUCUAGGUGUAAAUAGCCUGUUCCACUGCAUCACUAAAAGGCAGCUCAGUC